AUGGCAGACUCCUUGAGCAAAGCUGCUGGAAACCAGUCCCAAGCCAGAGACAUCCAAAGAACCGAUGAAUACCAUCCCGCAUGCUGUCAGAAGCAUCCCUUGGACCAGCAGAUAUUUUCACCUCUUUUCCUUCAUCAGAUUCAGCCAAGGAAGAGGAAAGAAAAGAAGAAAAAACAGCAAACCAAGAAUGGAAGCUCCCAUUGCACAGCUGCGGGAAAGGAGGAUGUUGAGCCCCCAAAUCCCCUGAAUUCACGAAAACAGACAGAAGCAAUCUUUGCCAAGAAAGGGAAGUUAGAGAAGGGGAGGAGAAAGGGAGAAAAGCUCAGCCAAAGUAAGUAG